CACACAUGCGACUCACAAACGGCGUGUUUUGUUUUCUCUGCGCAGGAUAAAGACAAAAAGAAAAAGGAGAGCAUCUUCGACUUGUCCAAAUACAUCGAUAAGCCGAUUCGUGUAAAGUUUCAAGGAGGACGAGAAGCCAGCGGUGUCCUGAAAGGAUUUGACCCUCUGCUGAACCUGGUGCUGGACGGCACUAUUGAAUAUAUGCGCGAUCCAGAUGACCAGCUGAAGCUGACAGAAGACACCCGGCAGCUGGGGCUGGUGGUCUGCAGAGGAACCUCCGUAGUGCUGAUCUGUCCUCAGGAUGGCAUGGAAGCCAUACCGAACCCAUUCAUACAGCAGCAGGACGGCUAACGCACGAGCUCUCCCUGCUAACUUACACGUACUUGUACACACUUGAAUAUUUCGUUGUUUCUUUUCCUUAGUUUUUAUUUCGUUUUAACAAUAACGGUAAUCAUUAAUGGAGCCAAGCCGAUUUAGUUAAGCAGCAAAAAGACG